AGACAGACAGGAGACAGACAGGAGACAGAGGGGAGACAGACAGGAGACAGACAGGAGACAGAGGGGAGACUCAGUGACUAACCAAACUGGAAUGAAAGUGAGGAAACAGCACGGCAGGAAAGGAAGAGUCAGAGCCAAACAGAAAAGCAAUAUUUGCCUUAACUGUGCAGAGCGUAGAAUUUAACACAAAGCAAAGGGGAAAGAGAGUGACACCGACUGAGACCUUUGCAGACACAAAGCAUCUGCUGAAUACCUGGAGUUUCAGAAACACCAGGAUAUAUCAGAGAAUGACAAAGGUCUAAACUCUCAUCAUCAGGGUAUAAACCUCCACCUGGUCAAUGUCAUCAGUCUGACCUCAGGAUCUGGAUGUUCAUGUCGUGGAGACCUACCUCUUCUUCUCUCGACGCGCAUUCUCAGAGAAGGAAGACAGGUUAAAGAAUAGAGUGUAUUCACAUCUUCUCUUACUGCUACUGUGAGAGGCGAGAGACAGAGAGACAAAUCCUCAGAACUGCUCCACCAAUCACAAAGCCUAGGGAGGAUGAGUCUGCCGAGGAACCAGACCCUGGAGAACGGCAUCACCAAGCUGCAUCACAUUAACAAUGGGGAACCUCUGUCUUCACUGCAGUUCCACCUCCAGCACACAGGCUCUGUGACCUCUGUGCCWGGGUCGCCCACGGGGGGGUCAGGGGUGGUGGUGCCACCCCCGUACUCAGUAGCGGGCAGCGUGGCGGGGGCUACGGACGCCACUCUGGAGCUAAGAGGCUCUCUGGACUGCUGGGCGUGCUCAGUACUGGUGACGGCUCAGAACCUGAUCAUUGCCCUGGUCAACAGUACGCUGGUCAGUAUUGUGUUCGGCACCAUCAUGACCCCAGCGCUGGUCAUGGUCGUGUUUGGCUUCCUAUGUCACUCUACGGUGCAACCCAAUGGCACGUCCCUGUACUGUUCAGACCUGCUGGAUGACGGUGGCUGUGUGGCCCUGCUGGUGGUGGGCUUCAUCCUGGUCACCCCUCUCCUGGUCCUGGCUCUGGCUGCUUACUGCCGCCUGGCCCGCCACCUCCAACUGGGCCUCUGUUUCAUCCCCUACAGCAGGGCCGUCUACAAGAACCUGCCUGCCUCGCGCCAACGUGGAGGAGGCUGCUGUGGCCAGCAGGGGGCCUCAGAGGGGGAGGGCAAAGGCAGUGUGUGGGUGUGAGGGGAGGGAUAUGUUGACCCUAACCACUGAUGCAGGGUCAGAUAACAUUUUCUUGCCUCUUAAGGUUAAGGUUAGGAUUGGGGAUCAAGUAAUCUGAUCCUAGAUCUGUAGAUAGAGGCAACUUCUACCUUGAGCAGGGAGGGAAGGAAUGUGAAGGAAGGGAGAAAACAGGGCAUGAGGGUAGUAGGGAAAGUUGAGGUGUGGACACGUGGAGAUGAUGUUUAUGGACACAGUUAUAAUAUGCCUAUGAGUCUUUUGGUGGGGGUGGUGUGGAGGUGGAUCUUACAAUACACUGGUUUGUAGAUUGCAGAGAGCAAAGGUGAAGCUGUAAAAACACAAGUAUGCUACAUGAAGUACUAUCAAAUACCACUGUAACUACACUGCAAUUAUUUGUUAUUAUGUUUGUUUUUUAUGUUGAAUUAUCCUGUACUAUUAUUAAAUUAUGUUUGUUUAGAAUAAAAUAUUUCCAUUA